CCACAGCCUUCGUCAGAACGCGUCCGACAUCAUCCUCACUUGAUUAGAAUAUGGAUCGCGUGAUGGGCUCUCGUAAUAAGCUGGAAGCUCUCUGUCUUGUGUGUGGGGAUAAAGCAUCCGGACGACACUACGGCGUCUCUAGCUGUGAUGGAUGUCGAGGCUUUUUCAAGAGAAGCAUUCGCAGAAAUCUGGACUACAUGUGCAAAGAAUCGAACCAGUGCAUCGUGGAUGUCAGCCGUCGUAAUCAAUGUCAAGCGUGCCGGUUUCGUCGCUGCCUAGAAGUCAAAAUGAAACGAGACGCCGUCCAACACGAACGCGCUCCUCGCGGCGCUCUCAAAAGAUCCUACCAACCGGAGCUCGACCCGACGGUGCAGACAAAUGCGACGCCGCUAUUGCCGUUAAGUCAUCAUCAACCACCUCUAACGUCCCUGAGUGCCGGCUACUCAUUCUACUCGGGGAAUUUCCCGUUCAACUGGCGGCCAACCAUCGGCUUGCAUCACGUCCCAAGGCAUUUCCCAUUGAACAUUUUCGUUCCUCCUCCACCGCUUCCGGCCUCGGACAAUAAUCUGACUCCAUCCAUCCCUCUUCUCAAUCUCGUCAAAGAAGAUGAAGUGAGCAGUUCGGCGGCCGAAGAUUUACCAACAACAUUCAAAAGACGCGAUUCAGGGGUCAGCUACAAGUCACCGACUGUCACUAGUACAUCUCCCGUUGCCAUGCCGACCGAUCCUGUUAGUCAGUUGAACGCCUCUCAUCAUUGUUUGUCAGGCAUUAGAGACACCAGCAACGACGUCAAUGAAGCAGCUGCUCGUUUACUCUUCUUAACAGUUCGAUGGGCGAAAUCUAUACCAUCUUUUUCUCAUCUGUUUUAUCGGGAUCAAAGUCUCCUUCUGGAGGAAGCCUGGUGCGAGCUCUUUGUUUUAACCGUAGCCCAAUGGGGCCUCAGUCUUGACGAAGUUAACACUAUGAGAAACUGCCCAGAGUUGACGAGCGAACGCCACGAGCUGCUGCUGGAAGGUCUGCGACAUUUGCACCAAGUGGUCGCACGCAUUCACCUCUUACGGCUGGAUCACACCGAAUUCGCUUGUCUGAAAGCCUUGGUUCUUUUCAAACCCGAAACUCUGGGACUGCGCGACGGUCUGGCCAUCGAGAUUUUGCAAGACCAAACGCAGAUGAUGUUGCACGAGUACUGUUCGUCCUCGUCAUCCCCUCAACAACAGUCGCACGACAUGUCGCACAGCAUGGUGCGGAGUCAUCGUCCGUCCCUUGCUGGCCGUUUCGGGAAGUUGUUGCUAGUUCUGCCGGCCCUGAAGGCCGUCCAGAGCGCUAACGUUGUCGAUCUCUUUUUCCGCAAGCUAAUCGGCGAUACGCCCAUUUCGAGACUCUUGGCAGACUGCACCCUGUAAGUGCCGUUUCCAUAUUCUAAUCGAAGAUAAUAUCUCUUUAGCUUAUGAAUGCAACUUUUAAAUUAAAUACCACCGCAAAACCACUUUUCAAUAUUACAUUUCUAAUUAAGAAAUGAUUAAUAUUUUGAAUUUUCCCGGCAUUCCAGCCAGCACCUUACAACGGGAAAAAGACAAAUCAGUCCUAAGAUAUUUCUAGUCAUUUAGCCAAAAAGUCAAAAUUGGCAAGUGUAAAUUUUUAAUUUUCUUUCUGUCAACUAAGCAAAAGUUUCGUUGUUAUUGUAGUCGUGUUUAAUUCUCGGCGUUAAUUUUUUUUUUACCUUCUUACCAGUCAGAUUCAAUGGGAAGGUUUCAUGUACUAAAAUACACUCAAAU